ACCGCAUUGCAAUUUGCGUUUGCGUUUGGAAUUUUAAGUACUCUCUGCGCAGAUGCUUGUAGUUGAAGACAACAGCCAUGCAGUGCUGCGAGCUUAAGUAGGUUGUAGCACAUCGAUCACACAGCGUAUCUGCGCGGCUGGUUGCUACUGGUUAACCCAGCUUAAGGAAGCCGCCCUGGCGAGGGAAGGCUGUUGCCAAAGCUGAUGCGCAAAGCUCAGGAAAAAAGCUUCAUCGCGGGCUCCUGUUGGGCUUAAACUGUCUGCCAACGCAGAUAGGAGGCGUUCAUUCAUCGCAGAGAAGUAGACUUCCCGGUAGUUGGCACAGGCGUCAUUCCUGACAAUUUGAGAGCGACUUACAGCUAUCUGCACUAAAGCGCUUGCAUCGUCUACAAUGAACGAGGAUUGUGGGGCUGCAGCGGCUGCGAAGGAAGCUCAGCCGCAAAAUGGGCUUGUAGCGGUGGAUCCUGCCUCAGAGGCGCAAAUGGAAGGGACCAUUGACGGCCAGGCCGGCCAGCAAGGCAGGUCUGCGCACGCCACAGGAAGCGACGUGUCCGGUGGCAACAGCGCACGUCGCAACGAGGACGGUACCACCGUCAACACUGCAGACAGUGAGCUGGAACUCGCCUGGCCGGAGGGCGGCAAGGAGUACGUGUACGAGACCGCCAGGGCCGACGUGCAAGCUGGGCGGAGGCUGAACUACGCCGAGAUGCUGCAGCAUCUAGGCUGGCCGAACACCAAGCGAGCGCGCAAACUACUAAGCAGCAACUACUUUUAUAACCGCCUUAGGAUAAAGCGCGGGGCCACCGGUCCGCCGACCUCCACACUGCAGGCCGCUGCCGACACGGGGGGGUCACCCGUGCUUGACGCCGGCGCUUCGGACGGCGAAACGGAGGCUGACGACGACAACGACGAGGACGAGGACGACGAGGAGCUUGACGCCCUCCUCCUGGGGUCCGCUGCUGGGGGAACAGCUGCCGGCGCAGGUGGAGGAGGAGGCGACGUAGGGGACGGUGGAGGCAACCCGGAGGACGAGGAGGAGCUAGAGCGGCGGCUUGUGAAGGCCCUGCGGGAGAGCGAGGCGACGGCUGGGUACCUGCAGGCGGCAUUGGAUGUGAUGGAGCUGGCGGUAGCUGACCCAGGGGUCGCUCAGUACAUGCUUGAGCAGCUGAAAGCCAGGCUGCCGCCGGUGUAGGCGUUAAGGUGUAGGUGUUUAGAGGGUGGCAGCAGGCAGGGUAAGCAGCAGCAGCGACGGCGGGUUGCAGCGGAUGGCAGGAGUAGCAGUAUUGGUUUGGGCUUUUGGCUGGAUGCUGAGUUUAAGGGUUAGGGACCAUAAGCAGGUUCGCAGGUUGUGUCUGUGGAUUGCUACGCCGUUCGCAUUGGCGCUCCGUGUGUUGUGGUGCGGUUCUGUCCUAUCUGAUUGCACAUUUCAUCCGCUCCCGUUCACAUGCUUCCUCUACUAAUGCAGGCUGGAACCCAAUGAUACCUAAGGAUAUCACUUACAGUCUGAUGCGUCGCAGGGACAGAGGGAGUGUGUUGAGGGGAAUGUCCUGAUUGCCGGAUGCCAAAAUGUUGCAGACGUGUUGAGGGGUUGACAAGGGGGCAUGUCCUCGCCGCCUUCCCAACCCUACGGCCCGGCCAUACUGCAGUUGGCGCUAAAGCGUUGGUGUUGGUGUUGGUGCUACGGGGACAGCGGAACAACGUGGAAUGCCAUUACAACAAGAUACAGGAUGCAGUGGCGUUGCACACGCACUGGGCCCAUUUGUGCAAGAGCCUAGUACCGGGGUGCGGCUUGGGUCCAUGCAUUAGAAGUCUAGGAUACUCCGUUAAAAAGUUCCCAUGCAGCCCCCAUUCCGUAGCGGCGCACUUUGUUUUCCAGCUCUUGAAGCGAGCUGCAUGCAUCGCCGAUGAUCCGGCAGACAGC